AUGGCUUCGAUAUUCUCUCUUCGCGGCCUGUUCAGCCGCCAGGCUGCUCCUACGACGUCCACAGCUCGUUCAUUCUCCACGACAGCAAACAUGCUCGCCCGCACGCCUCCCAAACCUGCUCCGAAGAAGCCCACAGCCGGCCAAGUCCCUCCCCGCCGCAAGCACACACAGCAAAAGUCUGAGAACUUCUACCGCAUCCGCACGCUCCGCCAAAACAUGUUCUCGCCUGCGCCUCCGCCCCUUCGCAUGGCUCGUCUUCGAUACCUCCGUCACUGGACAAUCCACCGCGCAUGGCAGCUCUUCCGCAGACAGCAGCACCUGGCAACCGAGCAGGAGCGUCAACGUAUCUACAGUGGCAUGUACAAUGCCUGUGAGGAGCUGCGCAAGACGGUUGGUCCUGGAAACCGCGACGAGGGUUAUCUAUACCGAGUUGCGAUGGAGAAGAAGGGUGUUUGGGGCACCGAUGCUAUACCAAUUGAGUACGCGAGAUACCAGACAGAUUACCCUGCAAAGAAUGCGUGGAAUCACGAUUGGAAGAAGAACAGCGAUUAA